GUUGGAGAGCGAGUUCGGCUAGUACUCGAUUGUGAUCGACAUAUUGUCUACUUUGAACGUGCAGGCAGUGAAUUUCUCGGACUUGCCUUCACAGAUUUACCACCAGUCAAGCUAUUCCCUGCUAUUUGUGCAGUUUAUGGAAAUACAGAGGUUUCGAUGGUUUACUUGGGGCCACCAGUGAUCGGUUGA